GAUUGGCUGUUGGCUGAUAAUGGAUCGCAGAGGAACUGAAAUUAACGAGAGCGCAGCAGUGUCUGGCUGGCCAAUGCAGAGACUGCGUUGAGGGUUUAAGAGCAGCAUCACAGCGAGCGAGUCAUAAAAAUACUACCACCACCACAACCAGAAAUGUCACUCCAGUUCCAGUCAUCGCAUCACUCGAGUAUCUGCUAAACAUUUCACUCUCUUUACCUUUGCGAGUUCGAGUACUGCACGAACAAACGAACUGCAAAGUAUUUUACUCGCGAAUAAUACAGGCAUACAAAAAUCAUAUUUAUAUAUAUUUUAUACUAUUGGCAUUUGUUCAUCAUUUGUUCACCAUGGAGUACACUUCCUCCCCGAAGCCACAGCUUUCCUCCAGGGCUAAUGCGUUUUCUAUUGCCGCACUCAUGUCAAGUGGGACAACGAAGGAUAAGGAAACCGAGGAGAACACCAUUAAACCUCUAGAACAAUUUGUAGAAAAGUCCUCUUGCGGCCAGCCCCUGAACGACCUGUCCACUUUGGACCAGCACAGUGACUUCAGCGGAAACCCGCCUGCAGUGUGCACGGAGCCCCUCAUCCCCACCACCCCGAGCGUGCCCAGCGAGGAGAUGGCCAAGAUCUCGUGCAGCCUCGAAACCAAGGAGCUCUGGGACAAGUUUCACGAGCUCGGCACUGAGAUGAUCAUCACCAAAUCCGGAAGGAGAAUGUUCCCCACCAUACGAGUGUCUUUCUCUGGAGUGGACCCGGAUGCUAAGUAUAUUGUUUUGAUGGAUAUCGUUCCCGUCGACAACAAGAGAUACCGAUACGCCUAUCACAGGUCAUCCUGGCUCGUGGCAGGGAAAGCGGACCCCCCUCUGCCUGCAAGGAUAUAUGUGCACCCAGAUUCCCCAUUUACCGGCGAGCAGCUACUGAAACAGAUGGUAUCUUUUGAAAAAGUCAAACUGACAAACAACGAGCUGGAUCAGCAUGGUCAUAUUAUUUUAAACUCAAUGCACAAAUACCAGCCCCGGGUUCACAUCAUUAAAAAGAAAGAUCACACAGCAUCUCUGCUCAACCUGAAAUCUGAAGAAUUCAGGACCUUUAUCUUUACUGAGACUGUGUUCACAGCAGUCACAGCCUACCAAAACCAGCUUAUAACCAAGCUGAAAAUUGACAGCAACCCGUUUGCAAAAGGAUUCAGGGACUCCUCCAGACUCACUGACAUAGAGAGUAGGGAAAGUGUUGAGAGUUUGAUCCACAAACACUCUUAUGCACGGUCGCCAAUCCGGACCUACACGGGGGAGGAUGACGGUCUAGGAGAUGAGAGCCACACAAUGCACAGCAGAAGUUCGGCUUUCACUGCAUCAGAUAACCUGUCCCUGAGCUCCUGGGUGACGACAGCCACUGGUUUCUCUGGGUUCCCGCACCCUCAGUCCCUGUCGGCUAUUGGCACCGGCACGGCGUCCAUCAGCAACACACUCCCUCAUCCCAUCCAGGGCUCGCUGCCCCCCUACAGCCGACUGGGCAUGCCCCUUACCCCGUCGGCUCUGGCCAGCUCCAUGCAGGGAAGUGGACCCACCUUCCCCUCUUUCCACAUGCCCAGGUACCAUCACUACUUUCAACAAGGGCCUUACGCUGCAAUCCAGGGACUGCGCCACACCUCUACAGUGAUGACUCCUUUCGUAUGACUGCCUCGAGGGGACAGCGACUCUUGUUGUAAAUACACUGCUUAAAUGAUCAAUUAAAAGGUAAUAAAACAAACAAUAAAAUCUGACCCAGAGGAAUUGGGACACGCCUCAUGAAAAAGAAUAAGAAGUGCAUUUUCUGUCAAGGGAUUGUAUCAAUGUAAAAUACCCUUCCCAAUGAUGUGCCAUAGAAGAAGCAUGGUGUUCUCAUGUGAGGAGAACCGAAGAAACUCUUCCCACAAUCCACUGUAAAAGUUGUCUGUCUUCACCCUGGAAAGCUCUUUGCUGUUCAUCAGGUCAUAUCAAGGAUAUUUAUUGUUGUCAGGCUCUUCUCUGUGUACUGUUAGAAAAAAGUAUAGAUUGUCUAAGUGCGCAUUUCAUUUGGAGUGGGAGAAUGACCUCCUGCUGGAGGUAAGCUUUGGACAUUCACUACCAGAGACAAUUAAGUCAGUUAACAGCUCUCCACACACAGACAUUAAGUGUUAUUUUACAGAGCCUAUCUGUAAACUGAACUUAAGGAUUUAAACACAACAGGAAGGUCACUGGAAACAAAAAAAGGACAAAAAAUAAGUUAGAUAACAUUAUAGAUUACAAAAAAAAAAUGUGUUUGCUGCAGGAGAUUUGUAUAUGGUCAAUUUUGUUAAAAUCAAAUGCACUACAGAGCACAUGCAUUAUUAUCAGGUGUCAGCCUGGUAUAAUGCGAAGCAUGUUCAAGCCUAAUGACCGAAGUAGAAAUGUGUGUUCACAUGUAAAACAUUUGCAUUUCUGCUUCUGUAAGUAUUUUAAGUUGAGUUUUGUUGUUUUGUUUGUUACUCUCUCUUCUUUUGUAUGCCGUGGAACCCUCACAAAGAUCGCACUCACUGGUGCCAGACCGUCAUGUUUCCUUGUUAACAUUUUUUAAGCUCAGGGCAGGUUAGCAGUAUGCACUUCACUGAAGCUGACACACAUAAUGCGAUUUGUAGUCCAUGUAAACGCCAGUCACUGUUUUAAGUACAGUUUGAGAUGGGUAGGUUCCAAGACUGGAGUCCUGCUAAUCCUGUAUUGAUGGAGCUCCAGCAAUACCUGAACAUGUUGAGAACAUCAACACUUUGCUCUGGAUAUUUCCUCAGACAACAAAAAAAGACAACGACAAAGAAUAUCACAUGCCUGACUUUGUUGUAAAUUGAAUGAAGUCAGUGCAUGUCCAUUUUAUAUACUGGG